AUGGCGAUCUGUACUUAUAACGCACGUACGCUUGCAUCGGAAGCGGCCAUCGAAGAUCUGAUGAUGCAAGCCAAGAAGAUCAAGUACAUCAGAGCAUGCGACAGUAGAGGUGUUGGUGGAGUUGGCGUCCUCGUCAACACGAGUAUGACAAAGAACAUCGACUCUUUUGAACAACUUACGAUCCUAAUCGGACGUCUGCGAAUGAGAAGAUGUGGCCCAGUACCAGCUUUGACUAUCUUCGUCGCUUACGCUCCAACAUCAAGCUACGAAGAAGAAGAAGUCAUAAUUGGCGAUUUCAACGCUAAGGUUCGCCCAAGAAGAACGCCGGAGGAACUUCACAUUGGGACCCACGGCCUACAAUGGAAUGACCAGGGGAAGAGACUCUCCGAGUUCAUCAUGACGACUAAGACCAUCCAUUGGAACUCGCAAUUCCAGAAGCCCUCCUCUCUACGCUGGACGUGGGAGUCACCCGGUGGAGGCUACCGUAAUGAAAUAGACCACAUCAUCGUCAAUAAAAUUUUCUGCCUGGCGGAAAUCGCUGUUGUACCAAAUUUCUAUACGGGAUCGGACCAUCGCCUCCUCCGAGGAAAAUUUUCCUUCACAAGGAGAGCAGAGAAAGCCGCCAAGUUCACAGAGAGAAAUCCCAGGACUAUCAUUAACUGGGAUCUCUUCGCUAUGCUAGCCGGCUUUUGGAAAGAUCCCGCAAUGGAUAACAUCGACGGGGAAUAUGACCGGCUUGUUGAACAUCUUCACGACUGCGCGAAGAAGGCUGAUAGUUUUAAAACCAGCACGAGACGCUUGUUUCUUGAAACUUUCGAGCUGAUACGCCAGCGUGGAGCAGCAGCCGGGAUGUUCAUAACUUGUGGACGUGCGGCCCCCAGCAUCUCUUCCACUCGCUUCGUUCCCUCGCCAUUGUCAUCCAAGAUGUUCUCAAGCUUCGUGAGUGACGUUGACGAGGUCCUUGAGCCGUGUCCAGCUGAGCUCUCUGCUGGUCCAUCCGUGCAGCGAACACGUCACCCCAUCUCGUUGGCUGUCUCCCUCGGGGGCGUUUAG